GCAUGGCCGUUGGCAUGGCCGUUGGCAUGCGGGCGCCGCCGUGUCUGCUGCUGCCGGCGCUGCUGGCGCUGCUGCUGCCCGGGGCCCCGUGCCGGGCGCUGCCGCCCCGGGAGCAGGCGGCCCGCGUGGCCCGGUGGGUGGCCCACAGCUGCGACUGGGGCGCCCUGGGCACCGUCUCCACGGUGGACGCCAUCCGCGGCCGCCCCUUCGCCAACGUCUUCUCCCUCAGCGACGGACCGGCCGGGCACGGCACCGGCACCGGCGUCCCCUACUUCUACUUCAGCCCCCUGCAGCUCUCCGUCGGAGACCUGCAGGUGAAUCCAAAUGCCACUCUGACGAUGUCUCUAGCCCAGACGCAUUUCUGUAAGAAACAUGGGUAUGACCCUCAGAGUCCUCUUUGUGCCCAUAUAAUGCUCUCAGGGAUUAUCGAAAAGGUCAAUGGUACGGAGGCGGACUUCGCCAAGCACUCGCUCUUCAGCCGCCACCCCGAGAUGGAAACGUGGCCUUCGAGCCACAAUUGGUUCAUUGCCAAGUUGAACAUCACCAACAUCUGGGUCCUGGAUUACUUUGGCGGCGCUAAAAUAGUGACACCGGAAGAAUAUUUCGCGGUCAAACCCGAAUGAAAAGUUUGGUGACUGAGGCGGCGUGAAGAUUCUCUGGAUGGGAUAGGUGCAAGCCACUAAAGCUUCUCCAUGCGUAGUUCUAAAAUGAAGAGCUUAUAUUCACUUGCUGGAUUUCCUGCAAAAGAGAGGUGUGCAAUCUCCACGGAUGAAAUUAUUUUUCAAUAGCAUUACGACCCCACUUUAAAUGCCGAUGGAGCCCAAAUCCAUUUAUGUAUAAAGAAGGUGGGUGUUAGUUUGCGAUGACAAAACUGAGAUCCUUGAAGAGGCUGUUAUGUGGUUAAUCUCCUAAAUGCUCAGACCUCAAGGACUUCCAGAUCUAAGGAAUUUCCCCCAUUUUGGGCUUUCAUCGCUGUCUUAAUUUUACACACUGGUGAAAACAAGUUGGUUUUCUUUUCUUGAAUAAUCUUGAUAGAUUAUGUUUGCCUCAUAUGAGACUAGCUCCAUUUGGAAUAAUUCCUAAAAUUGUACAAGAACUCUAGGAGGGAUUUGGAGGGGAAUUCUGCCUUUGAAGUGGUAUUUAAAGCAGUAGGAAGGGAAGACCUCUUAGAUUCAAUUCACAGCUCUGGGAUACAGACCUGACACCCUCAGCCUCUUUAAAGGCGUGAAAUAGGAAUGUGAAUAUCGAGCUAUCGUCUACAAUGUUUAUAAAGGACUUUUAGAGCUUCGCAGGUGAAAGGAGUUUGAGAAAUCCACCCGGAAAGCACAGAAUCUGUUUAGAAAAGUCUACACAGAGCUGUGCAGUGUGGCAUCAGACUGCUGAAUUCAACUGCGGAGGAAAAACUGCCUCAUCGAACGUCUUCAGAAGCUACAAAACUGAGUUACUAAUCUCUUGCAAUCUUUCCUUCUGCUUGAGGAGAAUGUCCAUACAUUUUCUCUGAAGUUUGAUUAUGUGAAAUUGAUUUUAUCUGGCCAAGCAAUAAUUAAAAUCUCUAUUUUCAUGGAAAUGCGUUUGAUUGCAUUGGA